AGCAGCGCGCCGGCGCACCUCCACGCGCACGCAUUUCGCAGAGUGGAGCCUGAACUCGGUCGGGACUCCGGUCCGACUUUUAGCAAACGUUCCACCUCCCAGACGCUUUUAGGAAUCUGCUCUCUGUGUGUGGGGGGGGAGGGACACGCCGUCUCUUUUAGACCCUUGUGCUCUCGCACGAUGGAGGAGUGAAGUUUGUCUUUUUAUUCUAUACGCAAAUGGGAAUUGCACGCGCGCCCGCAACUUUGGAUCACUUUUCUCUCCAGUGAUCCAGCCGAGGCUGCCGCGUCGCUCCAAACAUGCCGGAGCGAAUAAGCAUUUCGGACUUCGUGGUCCUGACGAACGAGGAUCUGUCCUCGCCGGCGACUUCCAGCUUCCAGGCGAAAAUGAGCGAGUGUCGGAACACGGUGUCCGCCGUGGACGAGUCUCUGGAGACGGACCACACAACUCUGCAGAGGAUGAAGAAAAUGAUCAAAGCUAUACAUUCGUCUGGACUCUCCCACGUGGAAAACAAGGAGCAGUAUGUUGAGGUGCUGGAGAACCUGGGGAACAGCCACCUCACCCAGGACAACAACGAAGUCUCCACGGGGUUCCUCAACCUGGCUGUGUUUACCAGGGAGGUCACGGCCCUCUUCAAAAAUCUGGUGCAAAACCUCAACAACAUCAUGGCCUUUCCUCUGGAAAAUGUGCUGAAGUCAGAACUCCGGGACAGCAGACUAGAGCUCAAGAAACAAAUGGAGAAAAGUUGGAAGGAGUACGACAUAAAAAUAGGAAAGCUAGAGAAGGAGAGGAAGGAGAAGACCAGGCAGCUGGGCCUCAUCAGGACCGAGGGCUCUGAAGGCGGGGAGGACAUGGAGAGAGAGAGAAGGACCUUUCAGCUGCAGAUGUGUGAGUAUCUCCUGAAGAUCCAGGAGCUCAAAGUGCGUCAGGGCCCUGAUCUUCUCCAGAGCCUCAUCAAAUAUUUCCAGGCCCAGCUCAGUUUCUUUCAGGAUGGACUUAAAGCUGCAGAGAAUCUCUCUCCUUUUGUUGAGAAGCUUGCUGCUUCUGUUCACACGGUGCGUCUGGACCAGGACGAGGAGGUUAAACAACUCACUCAGUUGAGGGAUUCUCUCAAAUUACUUCUACAAGUGGAGGGGAAAGAGGAGUAUCUGAACAGGAAGAACUCUGGCAAUGGGUACAGCAUCCACCAACCGCAGGGCAACAAGAAGUAUGGGACGGAAAAAUCUGGCUUCCUGCUCAAGAAGAGUGAUGGGAUCAGGAAGGUUUGGCAGAAGAGGAAGUGUGGAGUGAAAUUUGGCUGCCUGACAAUCUCCCACAGCACGAUCAACCGACCGCCGACCAAGUUGAACCUACUGACCUGUCAGGUGCGGCCGAACCCAGAGGACAGGAGGACCUUUGACCUGGUCACUCAUAACCGCACAUACCGUUUCCAGGCAGAAGAAGAGCAGGAAUGCACGAUCUGGGUGUCAGUGCUGCAGAACAGUAAGGAGGAGGCCCUGAACACGGCAUUGGUAGGCGACCAGCUCCACCUCCAGGACAGCGGGCUCCAGGAGCUCUCCAGGAGCAUCAUCGCCGAGCUCCGACAAAUGCCCGGCAACGAGGCCUGCACUGAUUGUGGAGCACCAGAUCCAACGUGGCUGUCGACCAAUUUGGGGAUCCUGACCUGCAUCGAGUGCUCUGGCAUCCACAGAGAGCUGGGUGUCCAUUACUCCAGGAUCCAGUCACUCACCCUGGACCUGCUGAGCACCUCUGAGCUCCUGUUGGCUGUCAGUAUUGGCAACACCAGAUUCAAUGACAUCAUGGAGGCGGGCCUUCCAAAUGACUCUGUCAAGCCACUACCACACAGUGACAUGAAUGCCAGAAAAGAGUACAUCGUGGCUAAGUACGCCGAGCGGCGCUAUGUCCUGCGUAGAGAGGAAGCCGACCCCGGCCGGCUGUAUGACGCCGUGAGGAGUCACGAACUCGCCUCCCUCCUGCAGCUCUACGCCGAAGGAGCGGACAUUUCCAAACCGCUCGCGACGCCCGAUGGACAGGGGGUCAAAGAGACGGCUCUUCAUCUUGCGGUGCGUCUGGAGGAGAGAAGCUCUCUGGCACUUGUGGAUUUCCUCUGCCAGAACAGCAACUGUCUAGAGAAGAGAACGGCAGAAGGAAACACCGCUCUUCACUACAGCGUCCUGCAUCACAAGCCCGAGUCUCUCAAGUUACUGCUCAAAGCGAAGGCAGCCCUACACACAGUGAACUCUGCAGGAGAAACGGCCCUCGAUGUUGCGCGCAGGCUGCAGCGCACGCAGUGUGUCGAGCUGUUGGAGUUGGCCCAUAGUGGGAAGUUUAACUCCCAGAUUCACGUGGAGUUCAUGUGGGAGACGCAGUCUCAGGAGUUUUACGACAGCGAGGAUGACCUCGAUGAGCGGGUGAGCCCGUUGCCCAAAAACCGCUCUCCUCCAUCCUCAAAUGGAGGGGGUGGAACUUCCUUUUCCCGCUAUAGCGUGCUUAAUGGUGCCAGUGGUACUGCUGGGAGUAGGCCUUGUCAAACGUACGAGAAUCUAGACUUUCUAUACAAAAAUCCUCCCGCCAACAGCGCUCCCUCUGGGACGUCAUUGGCUCCACCACUGCCAGCUAAAUCCAUUCAGAGAGGUUGCUCGGACCCCCAGAUUUCAAUCACAACACAGGAAGGCAAACCCCUGCCACGAAGUUGCUCCAUCCCGGCCUCCCACUCCUCCAGUCCUCCGACGCAGGCGAGACACGGGCCCCCUUCGCCCAACACAGAAAACCAAAGGUUGAGACCACCCAGGUCCCCGCUCGGCCAGGCGACUCUGCCCAAGGCACAGAGGCAGACUUGGGAUGGCCAAGCUGGUGUCCCGCCAACGUCCACUCAGAGCUGCAUAGGGCCGGUCAGUUCAGGGAAGACGACGUCAUAUCGUCGGAGCAGCAGCGGCGCAGGCGCACAGGGGAAAUGUGGUGUGUUGUCUCCGAGCUGUAUGAGCAGCCAAGAGGAGCUGUACUGCAGCCUGGUGGGGAACAGUCCAGGCCUCACCCCAGCUGCUGCUGUCCCAGCACCCCCGUCCUCACCUGCAGUGACCUGUAUCUCACGACCCCGCAGGAAUGCUAUGGCCUCUGGCAGCAGGCCACAUCUGAAGCGUGUCAAGGCUUUGGUGGACUGCAGAGCAGUAAGUUCUGAGCAGCUCGCCUUUUUCAAAGAUGAGAUCAUUGUGGUCACAACCACUACUGACGCCUUCUGGUGGAGCGGUCACAUAGAGGGGGACCCAUCCAGGUGUGGGACGUUUCCUGUCAACUAUGUCCACAAACUAACAGACUGAAGCGACAGGGAAAUAAGACGCUACUGUUCAUACACAACAGAGGAACUGAACCAGCAUGGGAUGCUUACUGCAAGUCACGCCGUAGACUUACAGGACGGCGUUAAUCUCCUUCGGAGCAACGCGAGGAAGUUUUGUUUAUUUACGCGAGGAUAUACUAGACACAAGACACCUCGGGAUAAGUGGAACUGUUUAAGGAAUUUUCAACUCAUUCUGGAAACUUCCAGAGCCCCAUAAAACCUCUCAUUCGAAGGACAAUGCAACCCCCACCCCCCCUUACCUGCAGUUGUCUUAACACCACCAUUCACUAUUAACAGGUACAACGUUAUUGGUGGUUUCUCUAAAAACUGUUCUACUGUGUGCAUUUAACUAUUAAUUAUACAUUACAUUGAAGCUGUUAUAAAUUGUCUGUAUUAAUCUGGGAUUUUUCACCUGAUGCAAAAUUUACCGGCAGGUCCAAACCAUCGAAGGCGCUUUAAACUCGCUGAGGAUAAAUCUUCUGGCGUGUUGGCAGCCUGGUUAAUGUAAAUACUCAGAGAGCUGCCUGUUGAGUCGUAGUAUACUGAGACUUGGAUCUGUGCCUGCCAGUCUGUCUCUGACACGGGCGCCGCCUGUGCAGAGAUCUGAAUACUUUGCCCCAGCCAUCUUGACUCUGGGCACAGCUCACUGCCAACUGGGGGGUGAGAGGUCCGGUUUCUUCUGACUGUAGGCUUCUGUCUCGGGGGAACCUGAAAUACAGACCGCGUGUUGGAGAGAAACAAAAGACUCACUGCAGAAAAGGCACCUAAAGUUAGCUUGUUAGCCACAGUAGUUCUUUCAGACACACACACACAUGGACAGUACUUAAGGUAUACAAGCACACUCGCAUUUCCAUUACACAGUAGAGAAACUUACAAAAUUUAGGAUCCUUUAAGGAAGAAUGGAGGGCUGGGAAAAGGUUGCCCUUUUUUUUUACAUUACAUUAUGCUAUUACACAUCAUUUUUGUUGUAUAAACAUGUAUAUAAAUGCCCACUGCUGUAUAGUAUAUAUCUCUUGUCUGUCAUGCGUUAUAAAGGAUUGUAUUACUACAGUGGGUUUUUUUCUGAUCAUCUUGGUCUCGGUUGGUAAUUACAUGUCCUCUGUUCUGUUUCGUUACUUGUCUAAAUGGGUGUUUGAGAGAAAAAAAAGACCCAGUUGCAUCCACAGUAUUUAGAGAGGAUUCCGUUGUAGGAAACUAAAAAACAAAAACUGACAUUGAGUAAAUGCAGACAGGAAGCAUGUGUUCACUUGUGUUGAAUCAUUACUGGAAGUAAAGUUAAAGUGUGUAGCAUUUAAAGCAUAGUUGGAAGUUUAUCAUAGUUCAUCACCUGCUAAUUACAAUCAUGUUUAUGUUGCCUUAGACUUAUCCCUGUGUGUUUUUGCAUUGACCACCCGGCACACAGGAGAUAUUACAGCUGGUUCUGCAACUUCAGCGCCAGAUGCCACCUGACGCUUCCAUAGCUUUGUUAUAGUGUUGAUGUAUUACGCAAACUCCAUUUAAGUCCAUUUAACUGUGAACAAUGGUAAAUCAAUUAAUUGUAGGUCUUAUUUGUAAAUAGAUAUACAUGUUUAAUAAAGUGCCAAACAGUCCUAUA